AGCCCGCCCCGGUACACGGAAGUCGUGGAGCGGGGCAACCGCUGGGAGUUCUGAGUACUCGUUUGAGGCGUCCGCCGCCGCCAUGGGGAAGCGACAGCACCAGAAGGACAAAAUGUACAUUACUUGUGCUGAAUACACUCAUUUCUAUGGUGGCAAGAAGCCAGAUAUCCCACAGACAAAUUUUCGUCGCUUGCCUUUUGACCAUUGCAGUCUCUCCCUGCAGCCCUUCGUCUACCCGGUCUGUACUCCAGAAGGGGUCGUCUUUGACUUGCUGAACAUUGUUCCGUGGCUUAAGAAGUAUGGUACCAAUCCUAGCAACGGAGAGAAACUUGAUGGCAGGUCCUUGAUCAAGCUGAACUUUGCCAAGAACAAAGAAGGGCAGUACCACUGUCCAGUGCUAUUCUCUGUGUUCACUGACAACACCCACAUCGUGGCCAUCAGGACGACUGGCAAUGUCUACACCUAUGAGGCAGUGGAGCAGCUCAACAUCAAGGCCAAGAACUUGCGGGACCUGUUGACCGAUGAGCCCUUUUCUCGGCAAGACAUCAUCACCUUGCAGGACCCUACCAAUUUGGAUAAAUUCAAUGUCUCCAACUUCUUUCAUGUUAAGAAUAACAUGAAAAUAAUGGACCCAGAUGAGGAAAAGGCCAAACAGGAUCCAUCUUAUUAUUUGAAAAACACAAAUGCUGAGACCCGAGAGACAUUACAGGAGCUCUACAAGGCAUUCCGAGGGGAUGAGAUCCUAGCUGCUACUAUGAAGGCCCCUGAGAAGAAGGUGGACCAGCUGAAUGCUGCACACUAUUCCACAGGGAAGGUCAGCGCAUCCUUCACCUCCACUGCCAUGGUGCCUGAGACCACACAUGAAGCAGCUGCCAUCGAUGAAGACGUGCUGCGCUACCAGUUUGUGAAAAAGAAGGGUUACGUGCGGCUGCACACCAGCAAGGGCGACCUCAACCUGGAGCUGCACUGUGACCUGACACCAAAAACCUGUGAAAAUUUCAUCAAGCUCUGCAAGAAGCAUUAUUAUGACGACACCAUUUUUCAUAGGUCCAUCAGGAACUUUGUGAUCCAGGGGGGUGACCCCACAGGCACAGGCACAGGUGGUGAGUCAUUCUGGGGCAAGCCCUUCAAAGAUGAGUUCCGACCCAACCUCUCACACACGGGCCGAGGUGUGCUCAGUAUGGCCAACUCAGGGCCCAAUACCAACAAGUCUCAGUUCUUUAUCACAUUCCGCUCCUGUGCUUACCUGGACAAGAAGCACACCAUCUUUGGACGGGUUGUUGGCGGCUUUGAUACACUGACAGCCAUGGAGAAUGUAGAGAGUGAUCCCAAAACUGACCGCCCUAAGGAGGAGAUACGCAUUUGUGCCACCACAGUGUUUGUAGACCCUUAUGAGGAGGCUGAUGCCCAGAUUGCUGAGGAGCGGAAGAAAACACAGCUUCAAGUAGCCCCAGAGGCAAAGGUCAAGACUAGCCACCCCCAGCCUGGCAGCCAGGGUCCCCAGACAUACCGCCAGGGAGUGGGAAAGUACAUCAACCCAGCAGCCACGAAACGAUCAGCAGAGGAAGAGCCGUCAACCAGCACAGCUUUCCCUGUGGCCAAGAAAAAGCUGAGCCAGGGUUUUGGAGACUUUAGCUCCUGGUAGCAGCAAACCGUCCUCCCUGGGUUCUGUGGGUGCUGCAGGAAACCAGGAUCCAUAUCAAGGUUCCACCUCCUCAACAAUGAAUGAUGCUGUGGUAAAGUCUGACAUCAAGAAGCUUUAUUUCUGCACCUCACAGAGACACGGGACCAAGCCUGGCAGUGGGGACAGGGAGACUGAAGGUGGUCCAUGCACUUGAGCUCGGCAGUCCUGCUUCUCACGGUGAAUCUCCAGCUGCUUCCAGGCUACUGUCCAUCUGUCAGCUUUUUCCAGCAGCCUAUACCUGCCUCAAAGGGACAGCCAUAUAUCCCCAUCCAUACUUGCCCUCCAGUGCAAAGGACAGGGCCCACCUGGGGCCUUUGACAAAUGAGGGCUUACAUUUCUGUAGGUUGUUUCAGAGUUUAAAUUUGUAGCUUUCUAGAAAUUAAAACCACUUGGAUUUUA